AUGAUCAGGCCCAGGCGAAAGGUGAUCAUGGUGUCACGCACCUCCCUCCAGACCGUGCACAACCUCAAAAUCAAAAAAUUUCAUUACUUAAAAGCGGCGUUGGAGGGUGGUGCGGCGCAGAUCAUUAAAUCUUUAGAGUUUACAGCCGUGAACUAUGCCGUGGCAUGGAAUACAAUAUGUGAUAGAUUUAAUAACAAAAGAUUACUUACCCAUAACCAUAUAAAAGCGUUGUUUAGUAUCUCGCCUAUCAAGAAAGAAUCAUCUAAUCAAAUCCGUGAAGUCGUUGACAAUCUUAAUAAGCAUUUACGCGCCUUAAACGCUUUAGAUCAGGCGACAGAAAGUUGGGAUUCAUUAUUAAUAUAUUUGAUAUCGACUAAGUUGGAUAGCAUUACCGCGCGAGCUUGGGAGAAGGAACGUGCAGGGAACGACAUUCCCACUUUGCAGGAGUUUAAAUCAUUUUUGAACUCUCGGGCAGAUUUAUUAGAGGCUCUAGAAUUAAAGGAUAAAAAUGUUCAUGAACAUAGGCAAGCAGAUCGUUCUAAGGUGAAAUCCUUGUUCAUUCAAGGGCAAAGGUGCGCAGUCUGUAAGGACACACAUAAAUUGUCGAACUGCCCGAAGUUUCUUGAGCUCUCUCCGCAAAAAAGAGCUGAGUAUGUAAGAAGCUCCAAGUUAUGUUUCAACUGCAUGAAACCUGGACACUACCUCAAAGACUGUAAGGCAGGAUCGUGCAAACAAUGCUCGGCGAAGCAUAACACGUUAUUGCACUUCAAUAAACCUUCUAUAGCUCAAGCAAAUACAUUGGACGAAACAAAGAGUUCGUCAAUUUUGUGCUCACAUAACCAAUCCAAUUCACAAACUGUUUUACUCGCCACAGCUUUGAUACUAGCAACAGACAGUCUUGGGAGAAAGCAUAAUAUUCGGGCGAUAUUGGAUCCAGGAUCUCAAUCCAGUCUUAUCACGGCCAAGCUCUGUCGCAGCUUGAGUUUGCAGACAUCACGAAUUCACAUGACGGUAGAUGCAAUAAACGGAUUGUCAUCUAAAAUAGAACACAAAUGCAACGUGGAAGUAUCAACGCAUCACAACAAUUACAAAUUUCAUCUUGAAUGUUUGGUUAUUCCAGAGAUUACAGGACAUCUACCAACUCAGAACAUUGGUUUCCCGAGAGGAGAGAUUCCCGCCAACAUCAAAUUGGCAGAUCCAUCAUUUCACAUUCCGGGCAAGGUGGACAUUCUCAUCGGAGCAGAUUGGUUUUGGAAUCUUCUAUGCAUAGGACAAUUGACGAUUGGGGCGAAUCAGCUCACCUUGCAGAAGACUAAGUUAGGUUGGGUGGCAGUUGGACCUUUAAAGGAUGUCUACACAAACUCAAUUCGAUGUAACCUAAGCAGAUCAGAUAACUUAGAUGAGCAGCUCACGAAGUUUUGGGAAAUUGAAGAACUAGGCAACAACAAAAUACUAUCCCAAGAAGAAACGGAAUGUGAGAAGCAUUUUGUAGAGAACAUUCGUCGUGAUCAAGAUGGUAGGUUCGUAGUAACGAUUCCCUUUAAGGGAGAUCCAGGUGAAUUGGGUGAGUCAAAAACCAUAGCGUGCAAACGUUUGAUCAGUCUCGAGAGAAGACUAGAGAGGAAUCCCGACCUCAAAGGGAGUUACACAAAGUUCCUGUCAGAGUACGAGCGGCUCGGACACAUGAGUAAAGUAUUCGAAGAAGCAGAACCAGAAAUCUCGUAUUACCUACCUCAUCACUGUGUCAUUAAAUCAGACAGCUCUACCUCAGGAUUACGUGUAGUAUUUGAUGCAUCAUCCGCUACUGACAAUGGUAUCUCUCUGAACAAGUUGCAAAUGGUAGGCCCCACUGUACAGGAAGACUUGUUUUCAAUACUCAUUCGGUUCAGAAUCCAUCCAUACAUCUUAUCUGCUGACAUUGAAAAGAUGUAUAGGCAGGUGUUAGUAAAUCCAAACCAACGUGCCCUUCAGAGGAUUUUAUGGCGUCCGAGCAACAUAGAUACCAUACAAACGUUCGAAUUAAAGACACUCACCUAUGGUACUGCAUCAGCUCCAUAUCUAGCAACGCGGUGCUUGAUACAGUUAGCUAACGAAGUCCAACCUCAAUUGCCAGAAGUAGCGGAAGUUAUUCGAAAGGACUUUUAUGUGGACGAUUUAUUGACAGGAACCUCUACCGUGGAAGAAGCUAUAAGACUGAGACACGAGAUCACACGCAUACUAGGAGCAGCAGGCUUUCAAUUAAGAAAGUGGGCGUCUAACGACCCUGCAAUAAUUCAGGAUGUCCCAGUCAAAGAGCGGAAUCUGAAUAGCAUCGAUUUUAGGAGUGAUGGUACAACGAAGACCCUAGGAGCAGUAUGGAAGGCCCUAUCCGAUAGCCUAACGUUUACAGUGAAGGAGCGAAGUCAGGUCAAGGUCACAAAGAGGCAAAUAUUAAUGGAGACCGCUCAAAUAUUUGACCCCCUGGGUCUACUUAGCCCAUGCAUUGUCGUAGCGAAGGUAUUACUACAACAGUUGUGGUUGCAGAAAUUGGCAUGGGAUGAAUCUUUGCCUUUGGAACUACAUAACAAAUGGAUGUCGUUUCGACGACAAAGUCAACUUUUGAAUCAAAUAAAGGUAUCGCGGUAUAUCUUGGGCGACAAGUGCAUGGAUAUACAACUACAUGGUUUUGCGGAUGCAUCUCAAACAGCUUAUGGUGCGUGCAUCUACAUACGAUCCCAAAAUCCUGAAGGAGUUCCACAG